AGGCACGCCUCUCUGAUAUCGACAGGUUGACCGGGGAGGAACGAGGUUCAAAUACUGGACGUUCUUCUGUCCUGCAUGCACUUCUCAGGAGUAGUAGACGGCACAACAAUCUUCUCAAAUUUACGUUUCAGAUUAACAAGAAUAUCAACGGUUUAAUUCCCCGACGUAAGGGUUUUCCUGUUGAAAGAUGCGUUUCCAAUCCUUCAAUGUGUGGGCGCCAGUCAUAGCGGCUUCUGCUGCAGCUGCGUACACACCCGCCUCCACGAUCCAAACAGACAUUCUUGCCGCUCAGGGCCUGCUCAACCUUGCUGUAAACGAGGUCGAACUCGCUCUGCAAGGAAAGGCAGGAACCUGCAGUCUUUCCAAUGUCGCUGUGAGAAGAGAAUGGUCAACCUUAUCUAAUUCCCAGAGACAAGCUUACACCAAUGCUGUUCUCUGCUUGAUGUCCAAGCCAGCAAAGACAAAUCAGACACUUGUUCCAGGUGCCAAGACGAGAUAUGACGAUUUCGUCUGGACUCACAUCAAUCAAACCCUGAUCAUCCACGGAACCACGAAUUUCCUUUCAUGGCACAGAUACUUCACUUGGACAUAUGAGCAAGCUCUCAGGAAUGAGUGCGGCUACACUGGCUACCAACCAUACUGGAACUGGGGCAAGACUGCUCUUGAUCCAGUCAACUCACCAGUCUUCGAUGGAUCCGCCAAUUCGAUGUCCGGCAAUGGUGUCUAUGAGGCACACAACUGCACUGAAGCUCUCCCCACUCUGUUGAACUGCAUUCCACCAGGACAAGGUGGUGGUUGUGUUGAGACCGGACCAUUCAAAAACAUGACCGUCAACCUCGGCCCUGUCGCUCCAACUCUUGCAGAACCUGAAGUUGUAUCAACAGGCGCAGGCUCAGCGUAUAACCCUCGGUGCCUCAAACGCGACGUCUCCGUCUGGGUAUCUUCACAAUGGAGCACCGACCAGAACUCCACCGACCUCAUCACCCAAAACACCGACAUUGCAUCUUUCCAAACCACAAUGCAAGGCGAUUUCUCUGUGGGCUUCUACGGUGUACACACUGCAGGACAUUUCACAAUCGGCGGCGACCCCGGCGGAGACAUCUUCACCUCACCCGGCGACCCAGCCUUCUUCCUGCACCACGCGCAAAUCGACCGAACCUGGUGGAUCUGGCAAAACCAAGACCUGAAGAACCGCCAAAACGCCAUCGCGGGCACCAUCACACUGAACAACAGUCCGCCCAGCAGGAACGGGACCUUGACCGAUACCAUUUCGCUGGGGGUUAACGCGGUGGAUAUCCAGAUCAAGGAUGCGAUGAGUACGCUUGCUGGGCCGUUUUGCUAUAUUUAUAUUUGAGCGAGCCAUGACUUGAUGAAAUGCAUGCUUCUUGAUUGAUUUGGCGGGCGAUGAUUUUGUAUAUAGAAAAGCGUGCGUAUAUAUAUAAGAUUUAUAAUAGAGAUGAACACCCUUCAUGGGAAGUACAAACAUACAAACAUAU